AUGAAGGUCUCUGUCGCUCUUUUUGUAUCGGCCGUAUCAGCCGCGUCGAUCCCGUCCGUCCAGCAAGGUCUGCCUCUCGACCACUUCGGUCAGGUCCAUUCGAUCUCCAUCGAGGAUGCUAUCGCCAAGAUCGAUCUCCUAGGGACUAACUUCAGCGCUCUGCCGAUCUCGACCAAGGCCAAGGAGAUCCUCCAUGAUGUUUUCGGCCUCUCCAACGACGAGAAGAUGAGCACCGCGAGUGUGGCCAGCACCGCUGCCAACGGCGACUGUGCUAACCCGGCCAUCCGCUACGAGUGGGACAACUACUCCUCCUCGGACAAGCAGGCUUUCGUCGAUGCCAUCCAGUGCUUGAUUAAGAAGCCCGCCUCGGGCAAGUUCUCCCCGGCAAAGAACCGGUACGAGGAUUUCGUGCGCCUGCACCAGUCGUACUCGCCCAACAUUCACAGCAAGUCUACGACUCAGCAGACGCACAAGUUCCUGUUGUGGCACCGGUACUAUACGUGGGCUUUCGAGCAGGUUCUCCGCGACGAGUGCGGUUUCAACAGGGCGAUGCCGUGGUGGGAUGAGAAGAAGUGGGCUGGAAAGUUCUCCCAGGCGACUAUCUUCACUUCCCAGUACUUUGGGAGCCUGCCCGGCCCCAACAACGGUGCUGCCGUCUGUAUCAACAACGGAAAAUUCGCUGGCCUGCAGCUAAGUCUCGGACCCGGCAUGGCUACCAACAACCCCCACUGUCUCCAGCGUGCCGUCAACGAGCAGACUACUACUCAGACCGGCAUUAACUCCUGGAACGCCUGCAUGUCGCGAACUUCGUACCCCGACUUCCACAGUUGCGUUGAGUUCACUUUCCACGCUCAAGGUCACAACGGUGUUGGCGGUCUGAUGGCCGAUGCCAUUGCCUCUCCCGGCGACCCGGCUUUCUUCAUGCACCACUUGUUCGUAGACUAUGCGUUCCGCAAGUGGCAGAUCGAUGAUGUAUCGCGCCGCACAAGCAUCAGCGGGUGUGCCGACAGCGCCAACUGCUCGCCGUUGACCAUGGACACCAUGGUCUACAUCGGCAACAUCUGCGGCUCCAAGUGCCCCGACCUCAAGGUCCGCGACCUCCUCAACACCCAGCAGGGCCACUUCUGCUACCGCUACGACUACUAA